UCGAAACAAAUGACUGUGAAUGAAAAGUCCUAUACGACGAAAAUGAUAGAAUAACUUUUAUGUUUGCCUCCCGGCUGCUUUAUUGAUUUAAUUUGACAGCAUGUUGUAGUGCCCUAAUCUAUAGGAACAGAUGAUGAUGAGUGAAGUGAAAGUGAUGACAGCUGAUAAUAGGGCUUUUCAUCGAUUGUCAUUUGUUUCGAGCUUCUGUCAUAUGUUGUAUAAUCUUUGUAUAAUAUUAAUAUACACGGACUAUACGACAUGUGACAGAAGCUCGAAACAAAUGACUGUGAAUGAAAAGCCCUAUAUUAUUUAUUUUUAUUAUUUAUAGAAUAAUAAAGAAUUUUUAUAGAAUUUCUAUAUUAUUAAAAUACAUAAAAUCAAGAGUAACCAAAUGGAAGUAAAACGAGAAAUUAGCCAGGAAACGUGUAAAGUAGAAGUAGAGGAUAAUGACCUGCAUGAUGAUCUUCCAGAUGGCUGUAAAGAUGAAAUUAAGGAGGAAAUAGAGGAAUCCAUUAGGCAAAGUACACAUUUAGACUUAAAGAAACAUCCAAUAAAUGAUGAAAUAGAACAACAUAGGAAUAAAUUUAACCCAUUUGAAGAACACCCAAAAAAUGAGAAAGGUUAUGUCCAAGAGGAGACCAAAAUGGAAAUUAUGGAAACACUAACUGAAUAUUCAUCUGACCAAGGAAAUUAUAUUGGUCGACACGCUGAACGAAAAACAUUAAACAAAAAUGUGAAAGUUAGGACUCAAAAAGAAGCCUACAUAUGUGAAAUUUGUUUGAAGCAGUUUACUAAAGCGUCUAAUUUAAAACAACAUAUGAUAGUGCACACUGAAGAAAGGCUUUACAACUGUGAAAUUUGUUUUAAGCAGUUUAGUCAAGCAGGUUCUUUGAAAACCCAUUUGAGAUUGCAUACUGGGGAAAAGCCAUACAAGUGUGAAAUUUGUCUUAAGCAGUUUGCUCUAGCAGGUACUUUGAAAAAACAUUUGAGAGUGCACUCUAGAGAAAAACCUUAUAAGUGUGAAAUUUGUUUGAAGCAGUUUAGUGAAGCAGGUUCUUUGAAAACACAUUUCAGAUCGCACACUGGGGAAAAGCCUCACAAGUGUGAAAUUUGUUUUAAGCAGUUUAUUACAGCAAGUCAUUUGAAAAAACAUUUGACAGUGCACACUGGGGACAAACCUUACAAGUGUGAAAUUUGUUCCAAGCAGUUUUCACAAAUAAGUGAUUUGAAAAAUCAUUUAAGGACACACACUGGAGAGAAACCUCACCAGUGUGAAAUCUGUUUGAAGCAAUUUACUCAAGCAAGUAAUUUGAAAAGACAUUUGAGAGUGCACACUGAAGAAAAACCUUACAAGUGUGAAAUUUGUUUGAAGCAGGUUACUACAGCAAGUUCUUUGAAGCAACAUUUGAGAGUGCACACUGGGGAAAAACUGUACGAGUGUGAUGUUUGUUUUAAGCAGGUUUCUCAAAUAAGUGAUUUGAAAAACCACUUAAGGACUCACACGGGGGAAAAACCUUACAAGUGCGAAAUUUGUUUUAAGGAGUUUACUACAGCGAGUAAUUUGAAGCAACAUUUGAAAGUUCACACUGAAGAAAAACCUUACCAGUGCGAAAUUUGUUCUAAGCAGUUUAUUACAGCAAGUUCGUUAAGAAAACAUUUUAGAGUACACACUGGGGAAAAACCUCAUGAGUGUCAAAUUUGUUUUAAGCAGUUUUCUGAAAUAAGUACUUGGAAAAAUCAUUUGAUGGCGCAUAACGGAGAAAAACCCUAUAAGUGUGAAAUUUGUUUUAAGCAGUUUAUUACAGCAAGUAAUUUGAAAAAACAUGUGAGAGUACAUACUGGGUAAAAACCUUACAAGUGUAAAAUUUGCUUUAAGCGGUUUAGUGAAGCAUGUUCUUUGAAAAGGCAUUUGAGAUUGCACAUUGAAGAAAAAGCCGUUGUACUGUGAAAUUAUUUUAAGGUAUACUUCCCGUCAUAUAAAACUGGUAACUUUUUUCAAACGCUUUUAUUUAGUUCAAUAGUUUGCAUCAAACCUUUAGACGUUAAUUUGACUGCCUUUUCUUCAAUGCAAAUGAAUGAAAAUUUGCAGACAUAUGUAUUCGCGGGAACAAUACACGAUGCUGUAUGAGAGCUAAAAAAAAUUUUUUUUGCUGAACAUUUAUUAUUGUUGAAGCUUAUUAUUAAAUGUAUUUUAGGUAAGUUUUACAGAGAAAAGUUUUGAUCACUUUGUAUAAACAUUUUUUGAGCUGGUAAUUUUCGGUUUCUGUAUUACAUUUUUGUUAUCUUUCUUAAUUUUCUCAAAAAGAAAUAAUCUAUUUCAUUUCUAAAGUAAAAUAAUUCAGUGCAUUUUAUAGAUUAUAGUCCAAGAUCUAAAAAAAGCACUUAUAAAACUGUAAAAGAUCUGUUCAAACUUGAGUAAUACCGUCUUAAAAUGGUGGUAAUUCUAUAAAACUACGAAGAUUUCAAAAAUUGCAUUUUUUGAGACGUCAUAUCAUUUGAAUUAAAUUUACUGUAUAAGUUAUACAGUAUGUCUGCGUAACUUGGAACCUAUUGAUAACUUUUUUAUUAUCAGUUUUACGAAAAAAAGUUAUUCUUUAUAAAAUACUCUGCAUCUUAUAUAAUCUAAGAUUCAAUCAUCAAAUAUUAAAUUUAAUUAAUUUUAUACGAGGUAUGUCAAAAAAUAUGGAUUUCACUCAAGAGUAAAGUACCGUUACAUUUCACAAUAUCGAAAACUGUUAUUAAGAAAAGUUGUUUGGAAUUAAAAAAUUUGUUUUAGUGUUCAAUUAUAUCCUUCUAAUUAAAAUAUUCUGAAUAAUAAAGGCACUUAUCUCUUAAAAAAAAUUAAUAUUUUUUACAUACCUCGAUGUCUGAUGUCUGAUGGUUGUAUCUUAGAUUUUAGACCAGGGAGAGCAUUUUAUGAAGAAUAACUUUUUUUCGUAAAAUUGAUAAUAAAAUAGUUAUCAUAAUUGUAAUAAAAUGAUGAUGAUUAUCCGUAAUUUGAGAAAAAAUUCAACAUUUUUUUUUCGAUUAUAAUGAUGUACCUAAUUGUAUAUUUAAACAUAGUCUUUAAUUUCAAACAACUUUUCAUAAUAGCAUUUUUUGAUAUUCUGGAAUAUAAAGGUACUUUACUCUUUAACGAAAUUCAUAUUUUUGACAUAACUCGUAUAAAAUUGAUAAAAUUUGAUAUCUGAUGGUCGAGUUUUAGAUGUUUGACUAUCCAGAGCAUUUUAUGAAGAAUAACUUUUUUUCGUAAAAUUAAUAAUAAAAAAGUUUUCCAUGUGCUUCCUAGCUAAGCAGACAUACUGUAUAAGAGCUUCUGUAUAAGAAUUUUCAAAUUGCAAUGCCAUAUUUGGAUUCAGCAUGAUCAAAAACAAAAUAGAAACAUAUUUGAUCAAAGUAAAAUGAAGAAUUUAACGAUAUUUUUAAAAUCAUUUAUACAAAACAAUUGUUAUUGUUUAAACAAUUAAUAAACAAUUAGCGGUCAAAUCUGCGAGUAGAACAUUUUACUUUAAUAUGUAUAUAAACUAACAAAAAAAGUUUUAGAAAAAUAUAAGUUUGUUUGAAUUUUUCCGAAACAGUGCAUGUUUUCGUUCUAAUUGCACUCCCUAUACGGUGCUAGUCAAAAGUCCGUACCCCCCCCCUCUUAUCUUUUGAACGGUUAUACCUAUAAUAGUGAAAUUUUGAGGGAGGAAAUAAACGGACGUAAGCUUCUUAACUAGUUAUGACAGGUGACGUAAUAGUGACAGAUGACGUUACAGAGCCACUGUGACCGAUAAUUUUAAAUGGGACCUUAUGGCAAGUGAUACCUCGUUUGAAAGGUAUUCAAAAUACCUAUUCAGCCAUACUAAUUUUUUUGAGUUUAAGUUGAUUUUGAUUUUGGUGAAUAAAUUAAAUAAAUAUAAUAUUUUAGCUUCGCAUUUAAUUAAUAAAAAUUCAAAUGUACGCCUAUGGUUUUUUUGUCAAAAAAGUUGACGUUUUUCAAUUAGGGAAUCCAACGAUCUGUCAAACUAUUCCAAUAUGUCUGGCGAUUGGCAUGCAAUACAUUGAAGGCAUAUGAUAGUAUAGUGUUAUUUUAGUAUUUUAAAGUAAUUUUCGUAUUUUAUGUCCAUGUAAGUAUUGCUAAAUACUUCUGUGACAUAGUAACAAAUAUUGCUUACGUCAAUAAACUUUAAUAAGUAGUUAAAAAGUUUUAACUAAGUAAUUUGGAAGAUUGAAGAAAGCUAGGUUAACAAAUUUUAUGUUUUAUAAGUUUAAUAAAAAAUAAUAUUGAGCAUCCCUAAAAUAGAUUUUAGGUAAAAUCAUCGGGGUAAUAUAUAUUUUAUUAUUUUAGGUACUUAGUAAUACCACAUUGUAUCUUAAAUUUGAAAUUUUAAUUUAAAUAAAGUAUCCAAUAAAAUCGCUUGUGUGCAGUGUUGCCAGAGAAAUUUUUGUAAAUGCACCGGAAUGACUGGAAUAGUGACACAAAGUACUAAACCAACACAUUUUGUACAAAAACUUAAAAAAACGUCGUUUAAUAUUAUUUGAAGCAAAUUUCUUAUGUCACAAAAUUUUAGGUUUUUACUUUAGGAGACUUUAGUAUCAAAAGUUUGGUUGUUAAUUGUAUCAAAUUGGUAUAAUUUUAACAACUCUGGCAACGCUGAAUUGCCUGCCAUACGUCCUGUCAUUAAAAAUCACGUGGUUUGGAUUGCCUAAUUCUCUAGUAGUUUUUACGUCAACGUCAACCUUUUUGACAAGUAGUCAUAGGCGGAAUUUCGAAUUUUGAAUUAAUUAAAUGUAACUACAAUUUUAUAUUUAUUUCAUUUAUUCAUCAAAAUUAGCUCAAACUUAAACAAAGUUAGUAUGACUGAAUAGGUAUUUUCAAUACCUUUCAAACGAGGUGUCACUUGCCAUAAGGUCCCAUUUAAAAUUAUCGGUCACAGUGGCGCUGUAAAGUCAUCUGUCACUAUUACGUCACCUGUCAUGACUAGUUAAGAAGCUUACGUCCGUUUAUUUCCUAUCUCCAAAUUUCACUAUUGUAGGUAUAACCGUUCAAAAGAUACGAGGGGGGUACGGACUUUUGACUAGCACUGUAUAUAUUUAAAUUCCACACUUGUUCACUGUAAAAGUUAUUCAAUUUGUAUUAAUUUCAAAUUAAAAUUUAAUUGUU